AUGGGAGGACGUCCUCCAACUUCUAUCAUUACGGACCAAGACUUGGCAAUGAAAGGAGCGAUUGCCCAAGUCUUUCCUAAUACCCGUCAUCGUCUAUGCCUUUGGCACAUUAAGAAGAAAUUUGUUGAGAAGUUGUCACAAGUACCCGUUUACAAUCGUGGGACAUUCUUUGCCGGUAUGAAUACUACCGGACGUAGUAAGGGUGUCAAUUCAUUUUUUGAUGCUUUUGUUACUUCCACAACAAAUCUUAAAGAAUUUGUUGUCAAGUAUGACCAAGCCUUGAAAAGGAUUGACAAUGAAUUUUUGUUGAAGCAUGCGGCAAAAGUUUAUACUAGAAACAUCUUCAACAAGUUCAAGGAUGAAAUUAGUGAAGCCUUUAAUUACAAAGUUGAAGAGAUGACAAAUGCCGAUGGAUUUCAAUCGUUUGUGGUGAAGUCCAAAGUUAAUGAACUUCAAAAGUUCACCGUGACAUUGGAUUCGCAAACCUACGAAGGUAUGUGUGAAUGCCAAUACUUUGAGUUUGUUGGUAUAUUGUGCAGGCACAUUUUUAAAGUGUUUGUCCGACUUGACAUUGAUGCAAUACCGGAUCAUUUUAUUCUUCCACGAUAG